UUCUAUUUAUUUCUCUCUCUCUCUUUCUCUCUCUCUCUCUCUCUCUCUCUCUCUCUCUCUCUCUCUCUCUGUGUUUCUUACCACAUCAAGCGGAUGAAACAAUAAGAAAAUAAUAGAAACUACGUGAUAUGAGAACAUUUUUUUUUGAAAGAUGUUAUAAUCUAUUAGAUACAAUGCUUAUCAGCAAGUGUUUGAAUAAUUACUAUACUUUUAACUCACUCGGUUUACUUUCUGCUUCUUCUUCUUCUUCUUCUUCUUCUUCCUCCUCUUCUUCUUCUUAUUCAUCAUCAUCAUCAUCAUCAUCUCAGACGUUUCUCGUCGGCGCCUCGUGCGUGCCAGAGACGAGGAGCAGAGUUUUGCAAGAUGCGAAUUCAGCUCUUACGUUUGAGGGAGCCGUCGUGCCGUCAAGCGACGAUUGCGUAUUCCAAGUUCUUUCGUCGGAACUGCAGAACGAAAAGCGCGAGUUACGUAAAGUUGAAAAAAAAAAAAAAAAAAGAAAAGAAAAGGAAAAAAAAAAAAGAAAAAUUACGAGACGUUUGAAAAGCCCGCUAAAGGAAGAAGAUAAAGUAUAGUGAGAGUGAAAUAGAAAGAGAGAAGAGAGAGAGGAGAGGAGAGAAGAGAGAAAGAGAGAGGGAGGGAGGGAGAGAGAGAGAGAAAGAUAGGAGAGCAAAAACCACCGGCUACCACCUUGUACGUCAACAUCAAAAUGAGGAGAACAUCGUACGAUAAAUCCAAUAACGCCAAGCGCAACGUUCUAACGACCAAUACAUCCUACGGGAAAACGUUUGGCAACUUGAAGAAUGUGAAUCAGAAGUAUAGUAGUUUUCAGAGUUACGAGAGUUUGCAAGAAAAGAAUUAUUUACAAAGGAGUAUUUCUGCGGACAAUGUGAUACGAUCACGUGGUUACAAACCUUCAGACAGGCACGACCCCGUCAAAAGAAGCUUUCUUGAGAAUCUUACUUCGAAAAUACUCCAUUUCGAUAUGGAGAGCGGCGAAAGAACUCCAAUCAAUCUUCAAAAACUGCUUACACCGGCCUCCGAUUCGCAUGAACCACUGCAAGCAAAAAAUAAAAAAAUGUUUGCCUCUUCGUAUUUUUACGCACCCACACAUCCUACUGUGGAGGAUCAAGUCGAGUUGGCACGUCGUAUUUCUUUAUCUCUGAGUGAUGUUAAGAAUAUGAAGAGCAAAGGGCAAUCGAUGUAUGUAAAUCGAAAGAAACGAUCUGUCAAAUGGAUCCACGAUGGUAAUGGUACUGAAGGCGAAGAGGAACCAUCUUCUCCUAUGCAUAAGGAUAAAGUACCUCUGAAGUGUGUAAUGAAUCCACAUGGGAAAGUUUUGGAUAUUCAUGGGAUUCAGGCUCUGGGUGAAGAAGUUAAUAUCGAGCCUAUGCCCUCGCAUCCUGAAAAACUCUUCGAUAUUGUCCGUGAUCUUAAUAAUCAAAGAGGACGUGGUGCUGAAAUAUUUGCAAAGCGUCGAAAAAGAUCCGAGAAAUGGAUCGUCGAUCAGGAUCAAGCUCAAAUACCGAGUACACCUGGUAUACCAAAGACACCUGGUUAUUCCUAUCAAUCGGAAAUGAACGGUAACAACAAGUUUUCAACAUUGCAAUCACCUUAUGCACAAACGGACAAAUCAUUUUAUAAUCCAUUCGCAGUGGAUCUUUCUUUAGAUAACAUCAAUCCACCAAUGACGGGCAGGUAUCAUCAUCAUCAUCGUCAUCAUCAUCGAUCCUGUCAAUUAACUAACGAUUGCAAUCAUUCAACGCAAAUAAAAAAAAUUUAUUUAAGAGAAGUGGCCGUCGGCACCGACACCGACUUUCCUAUAGAAAAAACCGAAUUGAAUAACGACGCACGUCGUAGCAACGGCUUCAAUGGCGUCAGAUCAAACAACGCUAACGUUGAAAGGCGCUCUAACAAAUUGCUCAAUGGCAAGACUAACGCUAACAAUAUGCAAAUCGCUACUAACAAAGAGACUAAGACUAACAGCAACAGAGAGAUCAAGCAACGUCUUAGCAAUAACUUUUCCCAGGAUGUUCUUCUUAACGAUAGAAACAAAUUUAGAAAUAAACAACAAGCUGUUAAACGUGAGGAUGAUGUUGCAAGAUUCUCUGACAGCGAUGCUAGCGAGUAUACACCGGUUCCUGUUAAACAACUGAUCCAAGAAUUUGAGAAGACUUGUAGACCGGUUUUACAAUAUAAACAAAUCAGUCCAAAAGUUAUUCCUAUUGUUCAACAAUGUCCUAUUGACACCGAUAUAACACGUUUCUUUCAAACUAGAACUUCUGUUAAAUAUGAAGAGGAAGUACCAGAAGAUGACGAGGAGGAAGACGAUGAGGAAGAAGAAGAGGAAGAAUAUAUACGCAGACGGUCGAAUCGUGAGACUCGACAGGAUAAGCAAGUUAAUAAGCCACAACCUAGAAUCGAGAAUGGAUAUAUGUCGACCGAUGAUACUGAGUACACGUCCGAUUCGGAUUCUUUAAGAACUUAUGACUUCAAAGAUUACAAGGAUUACAAAAAUGAGACGUCGAUGUAUCGUUACGAAAAGACUUCUUCAAAUCGGAAUGUCAAUGAAAAUGGAGAUUAUCCAGGUUUAUUUAACGAUGAAUAUUCUCAACGACGAAGAUCAGUGACGUCUCAAGAAUUAGAAUCAUACUGUAAUGGAAACGUUAAAUUUGUUAACGAGGAUUCUGAGUUACCAGCACAAGCGAAAUCCUUGUUACUAUCAAUGGUCGCUUCACAGGAUGACAUACUACAAACUAUAAAACAUCUUCGCAAUACACCAGUCCUGGAUAAUCUUUUACCUGGUGUCUCACCAGAACUCAAAUUUACUGAUUCUUAUCCGGAAGUAGGAACGAAAUUAUACGAGGAUAAUACAUACAAAGGACCAAAACUGGCCAGUAUUCAUAAUUUAACUAAUUAUAAUACUGCACCACGUGGUUGGGAUCAGUCAUUAACUUAUUAUCGACCAAUCAAAUUUGAAAAGUCACAGGACACGAUUGUUUAUUCCGAUUUUUAGAUAUUUAUACAAUGUCUGCUACUUUUUCCUCCGACAGCCGAGUGAUAUAACUAUCAUGUAUACAAAGCGAUCAUAGGAAACCAUUCUGUGGAGAUAUCGAGAAUGAAGGAAAGAAAAGAAAAAAAAAAACAAAUAAUUUGACUUUGUUCCUUAUGGAUUGUGGAUCCACUAUAUUUUGCUAUAGAUCAAUGAAAUCUUACAUAUUACAUUAAAUCUAUAUUGAUUGAAAGGGAGAUGAAAAUUUCUAUUUCUUUUUUUUUGUGGCAAUUCGAUUCAUAUUGUUACAGCUUUACUUUGCUUGAUAUAUAUAUAUAUAUAUAUAUAUGUAUGUAUAUGUAUAUGUAUAUAUAUAUAUCUACCUGUCUCUCCUUUUAUUAAGACAUUUACAUUAUUUAUGCUUAUUAUGCUUUUGACAGUGUUACAUUAUUGCAUAGUUUUCUUUAUUAUAUCAUGCGAAUAAAUGUUGUUUUCAUAAAUCUU